UUAUACAGACGUGGUAUUGGAAUUAGAAUUGACAUUUCUACUGGUACCAUGUGCGUAUGGUAGUGGAUUGGAAUUAGGACUUGUAUUGGUACUGAUAUUAUUUAGCUAUAAUGUGGUCAAGACAAAUGAUGUUUUGAUGAAUAAAAAAUGCAUAAAAUAUUCAAAAUAAUGGAUACUUUGACAAGUUAUGUAAAAUAUGCUGCUUGUCUGAGCUUCACAGGCAAAUUAUUGAAUGACAAAUACAUAGGCUUAUAGAUUCGUAUACAGUGUGCAUACUGUUUGUGUACAUGUGCAUGUCAAAGAGGUUACACUUACAAAGCCGAUAAUAAGCCAGUAAAAGAGAAUUAUGGUAGAUGUUGAUGGAGGGGGUGGAGGAUGGUAAGAUCUCCCCUCUAGGCAAAUUUUAGGCACCUGAUGUGUCACCACAAAAUAAAGAUUAAGGUGUUCUCCAGUUUUAUUUCUGAUGUAUUGAUUUGCUUUCAUCUGUUUUACAUAUACAGUUAGGAUCCUGAGGGUCAAAAAGAAUGUAUGACAUCAUGCGCAUAAAGUACGGGAAUCGCUUGUUAUGUUUCACGGAAGCUAUUUCUUCACCCUGCUCAACAGGUUUGUCUGAGUGCUGGUGACUCCACUGUAAGAACCGCAGCCGACUGUAAGGUCACAUAAACAAACAACCGGCGUGAGGCAAUAAGUUCAUGAUCAGAUGUAUCAAUCAAACCAGAAUCAAAAUACUUAAAUAUUAAAACAUGCACAUACAUAUGUCUGUACGACUGUAGAUGUGUUCGUGUCUGUCCGUGUGUGUGUGUGUGUGUGUGUGUGUAAACAUAAAUGCAGAUGCACUUUGAUAUGCUGACCUUCCAUGACCCUCCAAUAUUUCUUUGUGUACUCUGACAGAUUUACAGUGUAAGGGCCUGUAGUAAUAUUUCAUCGUGGUGAAUUGCUACACUAAACCUUGACAAUUUGCAACGUUAGUAAUGUCAUUUUUGUAAGCAGAGUUUGAGUUUUUAUCAUGUUGAGAUGAUCGCCCAGGAAUAAAAGACAGGUUGUAAAUACACUCUGCCUCUCCCAUUAUGUACACUUCAUAUAUUAUAUCCAUUUCCAAGGAAGUCACAGGCUGCUGGCACUCCAUUAGGAUUUAUUAGAAUACUGCUGAUCAGGCCAUAAAUACCUGUCUCAAAGGUAUUUUUUAAAUAAUAUUCAUAUCUGCUUGGGGUUAAAUUAUAUCAGUCAACAUAAAUGUUUCAUCCCUCCACAGGGGAUCAGCAGUCAAUGACCCGUUCCCGUUCACACCUACAGUAUGAACAAUUAGAGUUUGUGGUUGGCCUGAUGUAAAUGUAUUUGUGAUUCCAGCUCAUUCAUAACUUAUUCCUGACUGGUCACCCUUCCUUUGAGCACUGUUGUAGAAGUUUUCUGAAUUGGUUUAGUUCAUUUAACAUGAGGGCCAGACUCUGUGAGUCAGUUGUAUUACGCUACAGAAUCUCUGCUACUUCACUAUUAGAGCCUGUGUGUUUCUGACCUAGAGCGGUUUUGGGGAAGUCGCUCCGCUUCAAGACACAUGUUGCACAUCAACAAAAAGGAACAUGCUCACCCGCGAGAAACAAUGCAGCAUAUAUUGAAAGUGAGCUAUGAAUGACAUCAUAUAUUCCUUAGCUGUGGUGUAAUGCAAUACCUGUGAUUGUUUGCUUAACCGCAAUUGCUUAUGGGGCACAAUGACAUUUUGACAUAGCAGCCUUCCCUUUAAUUAGGAAGUUGAUUAAAACACACUGUAUAUCAGAGCUACAGGUAUGUUCACAGAAUUGAUCCUGGGAAGGUUUUCAGGGGGAGGGACACUAGAAGUAUAUGAUUUUUAUUCACUGAUGUAUUUGAGUAUAAGCCCUGGCAUGCCAAGCAUAGCUGAUGAUAAAUAAGCCUGCGUUAACGGUGUAAGUAAAGCUGGAGGGGGGACACAGGGGGCCUAGUGAUAUAAUUUUAAUUGAACACCCCUAUGUAGCAUUAAAAGCACUAUAUAUAUAUUUAAUAAAUGGUUUAUAACAUGUUUUUAGCAGAUGUAAGUGUCUCUUAAUGUAGUUGUCAACAUGUUAUUCAGUUGUAAUUGUUUAAAAUAUAUAUUGAUAAGUCAUAUGUUGAAAAUGUACACUAUAUAGUAAUACACACCUAAAAUGACCUUAUAUCUCCUUACAACUUCAUUAUAAUGUGUUAUUAAAUGUUUAUAAUGCCUAUCAAUGAUAACUAGAGGGGCUAAAGUGAGUUAGAUUAUUGCUGCCGGAAAGACAAACACAGUCCUCAUUUUGUCUUGUGGAACAUUUCAUUCCCGAACAUAAACAUAAACACGUUUCUCACUCAGUCACAUUUUUCCUGGUGUGACAGACCAGUAUAUCAUUGUGAAAUUUAUGAAAAUCUUGAGAGUAUUUGUCAGCUGGGUACUCUGACAAACAUUUCCCCACACAUGGGGAAACUUGAUGUUAAAUAUGUGAGCAUGUUAUAAUUUUUUAGUACACAUUUUAGAUUUUACCACAUAUUUAUUCAAACCACAUACUUAGGAAUAACCAUUACUCCCACAUCCUCCACUCGCCUCUUCAUCCCAUCUUUCCCCACUCCCUGUAUUCGAAUAUCACCAUCUGUCUUACUGCAAAAGGUGCUUUGUAUUAGAUUCCAACAGCAUUGUAAAGCCACAAAUAUAAAGCCACAUGAUUAUCUUCCAUAGCGCUGAGCCUCUGUUGUGUCAUUUGAAAUGAUAAGAAACCACAGAUACACCACAGGUUUUGAUUCCAUGACAUAAAACUCCACGAGGUAAAAGCAUUCGCUGAAAGUCACACUGAAAAUCUGUCAAGAAAACAAGUUCACCUCCUUUUUACCUAAAACCCUGCUGAUGAAUGUGUAUUUGUUUCUUUCAUAAUAAUAGCAAUAUUAGCUUACGGUAGCUCUUUUUUGAAUAAGAAAAAUACACUAUAUAUUCAGAAACAAUAGCCAGAAAUACCCUUUACUUUGUAAACCACUCCCACCCUUGUACAAAGGGGCUUGGCCAAAAAACGACUAUAUAAGAGAGGUGAGGUCCAGGUCAUCAUACAGGUGAGCAUUCACAGUCUCAUGUCUCCAACCUCUACUGCCUGAGGAUACUACUUCACUGUAGCAGACACAGGAGUACACCUCGGACCUAACAAGAUUGACGUUUAAGUAUGUUGGCAGAAAUGGAGACGAUGGCCUAUGUGACUGAGAUAAGGCUGAGUGGAGUUCGGGGGGCCUGGAACGGAGUGGCUCCCUCCUCCUGCCCCGAGGUGGACCUGGAGGUCAUCGAGGAGUACCUGCAGGAGCAUUCACUGGAGGUCCAGCCCGCACACAUACCCGCAUCACCUCUGAGCACCAUGGGGCAACAAACGCACACACACUCCCACCAGGGCACCAGGAUCAUAGAGAACAGCUGGUCAGGCCAGCAUGCAUAUGAGUGGCACUGUGGCUCUCACACUCCAAACAAGGAAUAUGAAGAGCAAGCCCCACCUCUAGCCUGGCCUAGUUCCCAUGACAACCAAUGGGACCACGUAGCAUUUUCCUAUGAUGCACCUGCAUACAUUGACUCAGACUCGCAGUCCAGUAGCUCCCAGUACCAGGAAUACCAAGAUUCACCAUCGCCAUCAUCCGACAGGGGAGGCAGGGAGGACAGAGACAUCCUGCCUCUUGCCCCACUGUCAGGAAAGAGGAAGGAGCGGUUGUUCCAGUUCCUGUUUGAGAUGCUUCAGACGCCAUCAAUGCGAAGUUGCAUCUGGUGGGUCCAGUCCUCUGCUGGCACCUUUCAGUUCUCCUCCCAAAACAAGGAGCGCCUGGCGCAGCUGUGGGGCCGACGAAAGGGGAAUCGCAAGCCCAUGACCUACCAGAAGAUGGCGCGGGCACUGAGGAACUACUCCCGCACCGGCGAGAUUCAGAAGGUGAAGAGGAAGCUCACAUAUCGGUUUGACGAGAAGACGCUGAGAGGCCUACAAGGAGACUCUAAUACAGUGUAGGAAGCAUGAUGGCUUGUGUACAUAAGCACAGAAAUCGAAUAAGCAAUGGAUAUUCAGAGAAAAUUGCUGUGGAUGUCCCUUUAAUGUCCUUUCUAUUGAUUCUAAUUCUGACAUGUGGAAACAAAUGAAUACUGAGUAUUUGAAAAGCCAGAAGAUGAAACACUGAGCUUUCUGUAGAUACAGAGCCAUAAUGGAGUUUGCAUGUAUGAGGGGUGAACCGGAAAUGAUACUGACACGAGGAUGCAAACUCCAGGCAUAGGUGAGGUGUGAAUAGUCAGAUGGCUUUAAAAAGUAUGUAAAUCUAAAAGGUUGUGACAUAAUCUACUUUAUAAGUAGAACUUAAAUCAUUUUUAAAAUACAGUUGUGGUUUUCUGUUUUUUCUGUUUUGAGGAUAUCUAGCAGAUGUAAGAUCAUCUGACAGAUUUACAGAUGGUGUAAACAUUAUGUUUGUGUUAAAAUAUCUUCUUUUUUUUUUUAGAUUAAAUAAAUCAGAAAAUAUUUUCUGAAUAUUUGAUACAUUUUGUCUGUCUGUCUGUAUAUAUAUUUAUCUAUCUGUUUAUCUAGCCAUAAGAACAAAGGCAUACUCUGUAGGGCAUAUCAGCAAAGCAAAUACAGAUGUGCUUAUAAACUGAAGCAAGCACACACACACACACACGCACACACACACACACACACGCACACACAAUCACAAACACACACACACUCACAAACACACACACUCACAAACAC